GUUGGCAUUUUGACGAAGCUUUAAGCGCCCACUUCUUUUUUACAACUUUUUUUAGUUUUUUCCUUUAAAAAACCAAAAACACACUUUCGGCAUAAAAUUUUUGGCUACCCGACAAUCUCAAAAAAAAAGAACAACUAAAAACAAAAAAAUUUGGACAUAUUUAAUCAAAACUUUUAAUUUGUUUUAAGUUCGAAGAAGAAAAAAUUUUUAUUUUAUUUUAAACCAAAAAAAAAACGCAAAAAAUUUUUAAGUUAGAUUUUUAGUUUCAAACGCGUAGAAAGAGCAGUGCAAAAAUCUCAAAAUUCAAAAUUCGUUACAAUUUUUAGUUGCUUUCAUUUAUAAAAUCUUGAGUUGACAAAUUUUUAUUUUAAACAAAACAAAAAAAAAAACGCCAAAACAAAAAAGUUUAAAAUAACAAAAACCACAAAAAAUUGACGCGCCGGUUUAAAAACACCCCAGUGUAAAUAAAGCGGUUAUGGAUAAUUAAACAAAACAAACGCAAAUGAUGCGACCGUAACAAAGAUACAAAAUCUUCCCUAAAGAAAAUCAAAACGAUUCGUAACCGUAACUCUCUCAACGAUCAAAGCAACAACAACAACAACCAAAGUACACUCAAAUUUUAACACUCGCAAAAACAAAAACUCAAAGGCUCUCAAAUACAGCAAACGAUCAACAAAAAUUGCGGCCGGCUUUGGCCUAGCUCGCUCACUGGCUUGCUCGAUCACAUUCACUAGGGGCGCUCUCUUUGGCCCAGCAGCAUAAUUACACAUUCAAGGCUUGGUUUUAUAUAGCAAACACAUCGAAAGCAAGCAACCCCUACAAAUUCUCUAUACAGCAUCAUCUUCAUCUGCUUUUGAUCAACGUUCAUCCUGUUCAUUAGUUGAAUGCGGCCAUUUCAAGGAUAAAAUCAUACCGAAUGUAGCAGCAUAUGGCGACAUUGGCUAGCGAAAUGCCGCCGUUACAUACGGCGGAAGCCUUGGCCGGGGUGCAGACUCCGGCCAACGCUUCGCAACCACCGCCUACGGCUGUGGCUAGCGUAGGCGUUGGUGGCGGUACAAAUACGGGUGCAGGCAGUGGUGGUGGUGGCGAUCCCUCGGAUCCCUCUGAGGUGGCCAAUUCUGGCCCACAGGCCCCUACGACGGCCAGCAAUAGCAAUAAUACCAUAUCGGCAGCUGCCGACUCCAGUGAUAAUCAGCCCUCUACACCCCAGCCGACGCAUCACAGCAAUGGUUCGGCGGUCAGCGAUAUGCAAAAUCAUCAUCAUCAGCAGCAGCAUUCUUCAUCAGCGGGCGCCUCCCAUCAUCCCUAUGCUAAUCAUCAUAUGUAUGCUUCACAACAACAGCCCUCUACGACCACCGCUUCUUCUUCGGCUGCCUCUUCAACGCACAUGCAGCAAAUGUAUCCCCACAACAUAUAUGCUUCCGCCAAUAUGGAUAUGCAACAGCAGCCUCAAACUCCCUCUCAACAUUCCGGCUAUCCUUCCUAUCUCAACUCCUACGAGCAAUUCUAUCAGCAACAACAACAGCAGCAACAUCCCUCUUCACAAAAUCCCCAAAUGGAUUACAUCAAUUCGAAUUCGAACUCACAGUCGAGCAUGUAUCCUUCGGCCAAUGAUUAUAAACAGCAGGCGGCAGGGGUACGCUAUCAUCCUUAUUUGCAUACACCCACCUCAGGUUUGCCCUCCUCGGCGGGCCCACAACAAAACUCCAAUUCCAAUAAUGCGCUGGACGCGGUUAAUUCACAAUCAGCGCCGGUGGUCUCCUCGGCCAGUUCAAGUGUCAUGAGUCCUCGUGUGGUCAGCUCCACAAGUCCCUCCUCGUCCAGCAAUCAAAUGCAGAUGAGUGGCAGUGCCAGCAGCAUAGGCAGCAUGAGCGCUGGCAAUCCCAGCUCACCGGCCAGCGGUGGCAGCAAUGGGGCCCCACAAUGCAAAAAGUGUGGCAUUAUGUGCACCAAUGACUCGGAACUGCAGGAGCACAUAGCCAAUGUGCAUGGGGCUUCGCCUUAUGCCAGCAGUGGCUAUGCAAGUUCGCCCUACAUCAAAGAAGAAUUGCAGCAACAACAAACACCUCCCUCGCAAAACCAACAGCAGCAGUCAGCGCAACAAAGCACUGGUGGUGGCACGGGCGGCGGCGGUAAUCCAGGUGAGAUUUUAGACUUGGAUUCCCAGAAAAUGUUGUAUCCUCCCGGUGGUCAAGGUCUAAUGCCCGGCGGCAUGAUGCAUCCCUCCGUAGGUGUAACCGAUCCUUUGCAAUCCAUGCACAGCAUGCAACAAAGAGCCGGUAUGGCUUCCUGGGACCAACAGUCGACAGAAGGUUUACCCCCCUACUUGCAACAGAACUCGAAUGAUGGCAAAAGCAUGCCCAACCAUUCGCCCUACUAUCCCUCGGCCAAGGAGUCUCCCUAUCAUGUUUCGAAUAGUUCAAAUGUUAUCAAAUCGGAAUAUCCCAUGAUCAAAAGUGAAUAUCCCGGCGGUGAUACGCAGCAAUAUAUGGGUGAUAAGUCCUUUGAUCCCACUGCUCCCGGCCAACAGCAAAUGAUGCCGCCGGCAGUCUCCUCUAGUCCGGCGGAGUUUCCAUCGACCACCACGGGUGGACCUCAAGAUACGGGCAAUUCGCAACAGGGCAAUGGACAAUUUCGCGGAGCCAAUUUUGAGCCGCCCUCCUCGAGUUCGGCUCUAUCCACAAACCUCGGCACCAAGGCGGCCAAUUGGAAAUCGAAUGAGGCCCGUCGGCCCAAGACCUACAAUUGUACGGCUUGCAAUAAAUGGUUCACCAGCUCAGGUCACCUGAAACGGCACUACAACACAACGCUGCAUAAAAAUGCCGUGAAGUCCAGUGGUCAACCGGAUCCUGCCACCUUACCCAUAUCGGCCCAUCAUCAUCCCGCCAGAGAGCCCACGGCAAAGACUAGCAGACGUGGUGGUGGUGCAGCAGCAGCAGCUGCCGCAGCCGCGGCAAAUGCAGCUGCUUUGCAACAGCCUCCGAAUCCUGUCAUACCUCCCGAGCCGCCGAAUAGUCCGCAGGAUUAUGGCGGGCCCCAGACGGCAGCUGGUGGCUUGACGCCAAUGUCCCACUAUGCUGCCACUCCCUCGCCCAACAGCAUGUACCACCAGCAGCAACAACAGCAGCAGUACCAACAGUACAUGCCACAAGUUCAAUCAACGACAAACGCUUCACCACAGCAUGCUUCCAACAUGGCUGGCGCCCAGCAGCCCAGCUCUCUACACGCCCCACAAACCGUUAUGAACGGUCACCCAAACGCGUUAGCAGGCCCCUCCGUCCCAAUGACACAAACAAUGCCAAUGCCGUCCUCCCAAAUGAGGGGCCUGCUGAACAACAACAACACCACAACAACAACGCUUAUCAUAAAGAACGAGCACAUGGAGGCGGCAAUGGAAGAUCCGGAUCUUCAGGAUCAGGAUCUGGAAGAGGACGAGGCACUGGAGGAGGAGGAGGUGGAGGAGCCGGCGGGAGUAGUGGGACACAUGGACCCACAGCAGCAGCCACUGCAGCAUCGGCGGCUGCUGCUCUUGCCGAAGGAGGAAUAUGUGAAGGAGGAAUUGGAGCACAGCAUGCACUCAGCAAUGGAAGGGGCGGACCAGGAAGCAGUGGAGGCGGCGGACCGGGAAGCGCCGGCUCACAAUGUGGCACUCCACCACAUGCAAUCACAGCAUCAAUUGCACUAUCAGCUGGAGCAGCAGCAGGCGGACAUGGAGCGUCUCUAUCACAACACCACGCCCAGCAGCACUCACAGCAACAUGCAAGUCCACUCGCCCCUUAUUAUCUCCCACCAGCAAUACCGGGAGCAACUGGAGCUGGAGCAGCAAAUAGUGGCGCAGGGCACCUAUACCCUCACGCCAACCCCGCCGCCGCUGCAGCAGCAGCAGCUUCAUCACAAUAUAAUGGAACCACAGCCUUACAUCAGCAUGCCUUUGGCUAUCAACACGCAGCAGCACAGCAGUAUGCUGCAGCUGCAGCAGCAGCACAUCACCACGGAGCAGCAGCAGCCGCAGCCGGAUACUACCAUCCCCACCAGUAUGGCCAAUAUGCUGCCCCCCAGCCACCUCAUGCCGCCGCAGCAGCAGCCUACGGAGCUGCAGCCGCUAGCCAGUACUCAGUUGCAGCCGCAGCAGCAGCUGGACACAAUCAAUACCAAUACCCAGCACAUGCUGCAGUCGCACAUCACCACCAGCAGCAUCACCAACAUUCCAUCGUACCACCAACUGCAACAGCCGGGCUCGGUACUGCAACAGCUGGACCACACGCUGACCUAUCCUCACACUAUUAUUGGUAAUAACAACAGUGCAGGCGGCCCACUAUCCAUGGCGAAUGCCGAAAUUCUCACCCUGGAUGCCUAUGGCAACUUGGUCUCCGCCUCGGCAACACAUCAGCAGCUGAUACAAACAGCCGACGGUCAAUUGGUGCAAUUGAUACCGGCAAACUCCGCCACGGGUGGUGGGGCUACAACACUCUAUAGCCAAUCGGUGUAUAAUCCAUAUAUUGCUCAACGCUCGCCGCAAGAAGGGGAUCUGCCACCGAUUUCUCAUCAAUAUCAAGAGCAGACCACCACCUUGACUGUGGUGGCACCUUCGAUGGCCUAUUCGCCAAGCAUAACCUCAUCGUCCAAUUCAAUGGACCACAAACCGUUCAAGUAUUCUAUGACUGAGGAUUAUCUCAACAAUAACUACAGCAACCACACAGCAAUUUCGGAACACCAAGAUGUGAUACUACAACAAACCAAGCUGGAAUCCGAUGAGAGUCAGGAUAUGCAGCAGCAGCAGCUACAACAACAGCAGCAGCAGCUAGAGAAAGAAGAGGCACAAGCUCGCAAGAAACCCGAAGUCAGCACGGCCACCAAGCGUAAACGCAAUCCCAGCUCCUCUUCCAGCACCGGCGCUGCAGCACCCCCAGUGACAAUGCUGCCCAGUGGCCGCAUCAAGUGCAUACCCUGCGGCAAGGAGUUCACCAAAAUCUGCUACCUCACGCAGCACAACAAAAGUUUCCAUUCCGGUGAGUAUCCAUUUCGAUGUCAAAAAUGCGGUAAACGCUAUCAAUCCGAAGAUGUCUAUAUCACCCAUUUGGGCAAGCACAAGACCACCGACAAGGCGCACAAGUGCGAUAUGUGUCCCAAGCAAUUCCAUCACAAGACGGAUUUGCGGCGCCACAUUGAGGCCAUACACACGGGCAACAAACAACAUUCCUGCGAUAUAUGCGAGAAGAGUUUCUGUCGCAAAGAUCAUUUGCGCAAGCAUCUCGAGACACACAGUAGACCGCGUAUGGUUAGCAAAAAGUCACGCAACGCCACCAACUCAGCGGCAACAACGACAACCACGAGUGGUGGUGCGGCGACCGCGACAACGACGACGGGUGGUAUUCGUAGCAUAGCCAAGGCUUUUGCCAAAAUCGAAAAGAAAUCCAAAGAUUCUCCAUUGUUGUUAAAUGCCCCAACAGCAUCUUGUGCAUCUCCACCACCGGCUAUGCAGUCAUCUUUGGCCGCCGGCAAUGCUGCUAUGCACGCCGGCGGCAAAAGACAGCAGCAACAGCAACAAGCUAAGCAUUUGCUCAAUAUCAAAUGUGAGAAUUCUUGCUCACCCUCAGCAUCGCCAGUCUCUAUGCAGAAUCACCACCUGGCGGAUGAUGUUGCUGUUGACGAUGAUGAAUUAUUAGACGAAGAUGACUAUGAUCUUGAUGAAGAAGAAUACAUAAGCAUUGAACAGUAUGAACAAGAAAUUCAUCAGCGUCAACAACAACAACAGAGAGAACUGCAACAGCAAGAGCAACAACAGCAAAGUUUGCAACAGCAGCUGAUGGAGAAUGGAGGCCAAUUUGCUUUGGGAAAACAGCAACAACACCAACAACAGCAGCAGGCAUAUCAGAUUAUAGAGCAGGAAAUACCUUCGUAUUGAUGAUCAGUGGCUAUUAAAAGGCUUUCUAGAGAGAUGACAACAGAGAAAUGAAGAUAGAGUUUAUAAGAGAGUGGGUAAGAACAUUGAAGAGAGCGAGAGAGAGUCAAAAUGCGUUAAAAGUUUGUGAAAUGAGAA